GAAGGCUGCGUGUUUGUAGAACUGCACGCAGGAUCCGUUUGAAGAACCAUGUCAGCUCCUCAUCAGAUCUAAACCUAGAACACCUUUCUCUUUUAAUUCCCUUCCACUUCCAAAAACACCUGCCGAAAAACAUGUCCGGCGUGACUCUGUCCUGCGUGGACGUUUACCUCACAAACAGCGCCUUGGAUUUAAGCGUGGAUUUGUUCCAGUUUUCUUUUACUCUCUGACAGAAACUCAUGAAUUCCUCCUCAGAGCAGCGCCUUUAUGGACUUGCGCAUUAGCUGAAUGAUGUCUAUGGGUUUCUUGCCCGACAGUGUGAACGGUUCCGAUCCCUCCAAGUCGGCCUUCCUGGAGUUUGGCCACGGACAACCUGUGCACCAGCACCACUCCCCGGGACUCUCACACAUUUACCCAGUGCAUGGCCUCCACGCUGCGGGACAUUCUCAGCACGAAGGUCCCUUUCCUAGCAAUCCGUCCUAUGGCCCCCAACUGGGAUACGCCUACCCGGGCACAGUGAACGCUCAUCCGUCAUCCGCUUACAUGUCCUCCUACCAGCACAGCAGCGGCAGUCUGGCCCACAGCAGAUUAGAGAGGACAGAUCCCAACAAAUCCGCGAUGAAUGAGAGCAGGGACGUACGUCUGGUGAACGGCAAGGGGAAAAAGAUGCGGAAACCUCGGACCAUCUACUCUAGCCUGCAGCUGCAGGCUCUGCACCAGCGCUUCCAGCAGACCCAGUAUCUGGCCCUGCCGGAGCGCGCCGACCUGGCAGCCAAACUGGGGCUCACGCAGACUCAGGUGAAAAUAUGGUUUCAGAAUAAGCGCUCCAAGUAUAAAAAGAUCAUGAAGCAUGGCGGAGGUUCAGAGGGGGAGCACCUCCACAGCUCCAGCUCAAUCUCCCCUUGUUCCCCUGCCUUACCCCAGCUCUGGGAGGUCUCCAUGGCGACCAAGGGAGCGCCGAUACACUCGAACAAUUAUAUGAACAAUUUUGGCCACUGGUACCCGAACCACCACUACCAUCCUCACCAGGACGCCGUGCAGAGGCCACAGCUGAUGUGAAUGGACAGCCAUACGGUUGCUCAGCCAAUAUUAACCCACAGCAGAGGCACAGGAUGAACUGAUUUGUCUUGGGGAUGAACUUUAUGGUCGCUCAUGCGCGUGCGUUUUGAAUUGACUUUUUGCUGCAAAAUUCUAGCAUGUUUUUAAGUGUCUCUGCAGGUCAUCCUGCACGGCUUUACACACACCGAAUGUGGACUUUGUGUUUGCAGCUGAACUAGACACUUUGCAUAAAGGAACCGUUGAAAAUA